AUGGGUCAGGAUUUGAUGUUUGAUAGCAGCCAGCUGAUAAAUGGGGCACAGUCUUCCGAUGAUCGUGUCAGAAGGGCAGCUGAGACGCAAUUGGUGGAGUUGUGUGAUCGGGAUGCUUCGCUAGUGUUUCUUUCGAUGGUGGGAGUGGCAUUGAAUCCUCAAGAUACCUUGUCGUCUAGACAGUUUGCAUUGUUCGCAUUGCGAAAGCUCAUUACUAUGUACUGGAGCCCCGGUUUCGAAUCAUACAGGUCGUGCUCAAAUUUGAAAGAAACGGCCAAAGAUACGACAAGAGAGUCUCUGCUGGAGCUUUGUUUGAGCGAUGAGCAGUCCACGAAGCUAAGAAACGCAGCAUCGUAUUGUGUUGUUCAGAUUUCUGCCGUUGACUUCCCGGACCAGUGGCCGCAGUUGCUGUCGACAGUGUACGAUGCGAUUCUGAGUAGGCAUUCACUGGCCGCGAUUUCCUUGCUGAAUGAAAUAUACGAUGAUGUGAUGACUGAGGACAUGUUUUUCGAUGAGGGCAUCGGUUUAGAGACCGUCCGCAUCGUUAUUCAGAUUCACAACAAUCCAAAUUCGAGUUUAGAAGCUAGGCUGGCGGCGUUCAACUUGUUGCAUGCGUGUCUCCAGCAGCUGUUGACGGUGAGUUCCUCAUCGGCCGCCAAGCGGAAGGAGAUGGCAGCGCACUGUGGGAAAGAAGCGCUCAAGAUGUGGGGCGAGUAUUUGCAAAGCCGCUCGAUUACCGACCAUCCAUUGAACUUGCCAAUAACUGGAAGGGUUUACGAAGAUCUAGCGUUGCUAAAGAACGAGCUUCCGAAAAAGUUGGUGCCUGAAGGGCUUUAUUUGCCGUUUAGAGAACUUGCCCUCGCAGAUCUUCAGACCGCAGGCAAGGCUUAUCUGUCAAUUUUGCAAGAUUUCCUUCCUGAUUAUCAGCUUGAAGAGAUGAACGAAUGCGCCAUCCAUAUACUGGAAUUCUUGACAGCUAUAUGUCAUUUUCAAUUAAACUCCACAGAAGUUUCGGCGAUCUGUGACGCCCUAGGCAACCUGUGUUGUCUGGACAAUGAAAGCGUUGCGUCUUGGUUGGAUGACUUCAAUAGUUACAUUUCGGUGGAAAGUGGAUUAACGGCUUGUUUCAGCACCAGAGAUCAAGCUUGCGAGUUACUUAACUCAAUGGAUGAUGAAAACUACAACCUGGUUUUUGAACAUAUCUUACUUAAAGUUUCUCAACUAACUGACUGGAAACAGAACUGGAAGUUUCAAGAAUCUUUACUGUUCUUACUACAGUCAAUUGCAGAGAACGAAUCUCAACCGUCGGACAAGAUUGUCAAUUUAACCAGAGAGGCUGUUGCGUUCCUGGAGUCCAUGCUAUGUUCUGAUGAUGCUGUGAGCUUUGUCAUUUCUAGAACAAUGCUUGUUCUACCGAAGAUGUUAGGGAAAUUCAUGGAGGAACUAGAGGACAUCAAAGUAUUGACGUCACAUCUUCUCUCAAAAUCUUUAGAAAUUGCACUGUCACUGAAUGAUAAUGUAAUCAGGGCCUCUUUCUUGGUCGCCUUUACUUACUAUUCAAACUUUGCAGAACUAUCAUCAGUCCUAAAUCGUGAAGUGCGCAUGUUUAGUCAAAAAGGACUGCUGAACCUGAUAUCACAACUUUCUGAGAAUGCCGAAGACGAUACUGACGGUGUACUUAUGGAGGUGUUGAACAAUGUAAUUGAAUGUAACCUCCCCGAGGAUGCGGAUGAAGAGAUAGUCCAGGCCGAAUUUAAUCUAGUGCUGUCGAUAUCCGCCAAGGACCCGUCGAACAUUCAAACCGUUGUGGAGUCACAGGAGUGCCUUGAGAAGCUUCUUGAGGGUGUCAGCAGAAAGGAUUACGAAAAGUACGUCGAGACUUGCCUACCAUCAUUCUUGAAAAUUAUUGAAGGACAUUCGCACUUGAAAUACGCAUAUUCACCACUUUUGUCAUUGGUGUUACAGUUUUUGGCCAUAUUUAUGAGAAAAAAGCCAGCGCACGACCAUCUGCCCUCAUUGGUAUGCAAAUAUGCCUUUGAACCUCUGAAAAACCUUCUUCUUGAUGCCGAAGAUGAUGAAAUGAUGCAAUUGGCCACAGAGGCGUUCAGUUAUUUGGUACUAAACACGGAAGUGGCUAUCGUCUCUACCCAUCUCGGAUCUAUCGUUGCAGUUUUGGACAGAUUACUGUCAUUUGACGUUUCGGACGUAGCUGCAAUGCACGUUGGCUCCCUCAUAGUAACUAUAUUCACCAGAUUCUCGACAGAAAUUGAAAACAUGAUGCCUGUGAUCCUUCAAGCCGCUGCAAACAGAUUAAUUCAAGCAAAGAACAUAUCCACAACUCACAAUCUCCUAUCCGUGUUUUGCUACCUCGCGUCUGUGGAUGCUCAGCAAACGGUAGAUUUCCUAUACACAAUGAACGUCGAAGGUACGGGCAAAAAUGCUCUCCAGUCAAUAAUGUCAAUAUGGUUGGAGUCUUUCGAGCUUAUCAAAGGCGAACGAAGGACGAAAGAAAAUAUCGUUGCUCUAAUCAAGAUAUACCUGUUAAAUGAUGCGAGGAUUGCGGCUAUGCAGGUGAACGACGAAAUAAUACCGUAUGAGGGCGAUCGGAUCAUCACCAGGUCCAUGGCAAGACAAAUGCCUGACAGAUAUACACAGGUCUCUGUAUACACCAAGAUAAUCAAGCUCUUCAUCGCCGAGCUGAACUUUCAAGACAAGCAGGCCGACCCAGAGAGAUUUAUUGCCAGCAGGGACAAUGGUACGCCCGAAGACAACGACGGCUCGGAUGAUGACUGGGAAGACGUAGAGGACGUGUUGGAUUAUGAAAAGUUGCAGGAGUACGUUGACGAUGACGAUCAAGUUGACAGUGGUGACACGCAUGGUGAAUUUUGCAUACAACUUGAGGGAGAUUACAGCGACCAAAGCAUAAGAGAGAUCCUGCUCUCGUUUUUCAAAGCUGCUGCUGCAAAUAACACCAGCGACUUCCGAGGCAUCUACAACUCGUUGUCAGAAUCUGACAAGAAGAUACUUUCUGAGAACUUGGUGUAG